GGCGGUUCCCACAGUGGGUCUGUGGUUCAGGACGUUCUUAUGGAGUCAGUAUAGAACACUCGUUUUACUGUAGAAGAAUCCUUUUAUUACGCAGAGCAGCUCUGGACCAUCUGUCCAGGGCUUUUAUUUUGAAGCUGUUUCCUGUUGAAGUGGAACCGCCAUGUCGUCUGUCACGCUGAUCAACCUGCUGCGUGGUGGUCGCCGCGCCGUCAGCGGACAAACAUUCUGCCAUCGUGUCCGACGCUCUCAGGAAACUUUGUCUGGGUUUGUCCAGGUAGGCGGGGCUUUGUUCGGGGUGGUGGGCGCCCGGUGGGCUAGUGGCUCGGGAUGCUUCGACAGCGACGGCAGCGGCCGCCCGGUGACCUGGGACUCGUUUGGCAUUUGGGACAACCGGAUAGAAGAACCGGUUCUGUUGCCUUCCAGCAUCAGAUACGGGAAACCGAUUCCAAAGGUCGGUCUGGAUCGGGUCGGCAGCGCCUCAGUUCUCGGCCUCCGGAAGCAGAACGAAGAUCGCCUCAGAGUCGCCCGUAUCCAUGACGACCUGCUGUACUUUGCCGUGUUUGACGGCCACGGCGGCCCGCAUGCCGCCGACUACUGCUACACCUUCAUGGAGAAGUUCAUCAGAGAUGCUCUGGAAGAUGACGACGACCUGGAGAAGGUUUUGAAGAAAGCCUUUCUGGAUGCUGACAAGGCUCUACACACACAUCUGAGCUACUUCAACAACGACUCUUUCUUGAUGGCCGGCACCACGGCGACGGUUGCUAUGCUACGCGACGGUGUGGAGUUGGUGGUCGGCAGCGUCGGCGACAGCCGGGCGCUGUUGUGCAGAAAAGGACAAGUCCACAAGCUCAGCAAAGACCACACGCCCGACCGCGAGGACGAGCGAAGGCGGAUCCAGAAUUGUGGUGGCUUCGUGACGUGGAACAGCCUGGGUCACGGCUACGUGAACGGCCGGCUCGCCAUGACGCGCAGCAUCGGAGACUUUCACCUGAAGUCCUGCGGCGUUAUCGUGGAGCCGGAUACCCAGCGUAUCAGCAUCCAACACGCCAACGAUUCGUUUCUGGCUUUGACCACCGACGGCAUCAACUUCCUGCUGAGUGACCAGGAGGUGUGUGAUGUGAUCAAGCGCUGCCCGGAUCCCACAGAGGCUGCAGAGGUCAUCGCUCAGCAGGCACUGCAGUAUGGCUCGGAGGACAACGCCACCAUCAUCGUGGUCCCGUUCGGCGCCUGGGGGAAGUUUCCAGACUCCUCCGCCGUCUACAGCAUCAGCAGGAGUUUCUCCUCCAGCGGCAGAUGGGCGUAGGAACUCAGCAGGAACUCCAGCAGACUGAGGACAAGUUGACUUUUUGAACAAGCCCAGUGUGUUCACGCCAGUCAACAGUGUAAAUAAACUGUAUUAUAGUUAUGUAUAAUUUGUACAUAUGCAGGAGAAUUUGCAGCAACACAUCAGUGCCCAAGAGUUUGCUGCUGCUGUGUUAAUUUAAAUCUUAACUCUUGACCAGAGCUUCAAGGUUAUUAUGAACCGACUCUUUGCCGAUGACAUGCAACUAUUCUGACCUUCAGUUGCUAAAUAUUCACUCACAUCAAGGUUCAUGGUCACUUUCUAAAUUCCCGUGUUUUGUAGCUUUCUGUUACAAAACACACGUUGAGCUUGACGGAGUGACAAGACAAAAAAAGACUGCAGCGAAGAUGAGUCGAAAGAUAAGAUAAGAUCAAUAAAAUCAAGAUAAACAACCACAAAACACAAUAAAAUAUUGCUGAGGGGAAUAAAAAAGAUGUGUGAGGUAAAAAGCAGGACAAAGUUGAGAGAAACAUGAAACUGCAGCUGCAGCAUGAGUAAAGGAAUAUUUCUUGCUCGUGUUUCUCAGGAGGUUUAGAGGACCCAGACCCAAUUAGUUUAUCAGGAAUGUGAGAAAAUCUGAUUUUUUAACAGGCUUCCUCCAAACGAAACGACAGGAGCACAGAGAAGUGUCAAACACUGUCACGAAGCUUCUGGAACUCCAGAAUGCGUCAGAGCCCCAGAGUGUUUCUGAGUUCUCGGAUGUCUGACUGAUCCAGAAUGUGUCUUUCUUCUAGGUUUUUUUCAGAAAUCCAGGCUUUUUCAGAAUUCUGCAAUGUGGUGGAGCUCAAGAAUAUCAGGUCUAGAAUUUUCCAAAGUUUUGGUCCAGGUCAGAGAUCUAAAAUGUGGUAGAGGACUGGAUUCUUUCAGAGCUCCAGAGUCUUCAGUAUGUUUUGUGUUUUCUUGCCAAGUUGCACCUUAAAAACUAUGCAGUUGUUUUAUUUUCUGUCCAUCGAUCUGGAGCUUGUGAGCAGAACGAUGUAUCCCUGGUCCAAAUGAAGGACCGGAGGCUUUGACCUUUGACCUGCAGGUGCACACCUGAAUAAAGUUUGAUCUGUUUCACUGA